AUGGGUAACCAACAAAAUUCAUGUACAUUAACUGAAAAAGAUAUUGCGUUGUUAGUAAAAACAAGCGGUAAAACUGAAGAUGAAAUUCGUCAAUGGUAUAAUGAAUUUUGUCUCGAAAGCAAUAAUACUGGUCGCAUGAAUAAACGACAAUUUCAAAUAUAUUAUACAAAAUUAAAAAAGAAUCCAAAUUUAGAUAAAAUUACUGAUCAUAUUUUUCACGCAUUUGAUGCUGAUAAUUCAGGUACUAUCGAUUUUCGAGAAUUUCUUAUUGCUUACAUAGCAACAACUUCUGGUACGAACCAACAAAAAUUUGAAUAUUCAUUUGACGUUUAUGACAUAGAUGAUAAUCAAUUAAUUGAAAAAAAAGAAGCAAGAAAAAUUCUUAGUUUAUUAUGUCGAAUCCUUGAUUUAUCUGAAGAUGACGCAAAAGCAUAUACAGAAACACUCAUGCUUACAUUUGACACAAAUAACGAUAAAGUUUUAACAAGAACAGAAUUUAUCAAUGGCUGUUUACAUGAUUCAACAUUAGCACAUAUGUCGAAUCCAUUUAGUUUUUAA